UCUUCACCUCUCGCCUACCCCCAUCGUCGCUCCCUACGUUCCGCAUCUUGCUUUCAGUCUUUCAUAUCCGUAACGAGUUUGUUGAACUUUACCUUUUGCUGCCCGCGUAUUCUGUUCAUCUAAAGAACCUCGAUGCCUCCUUCUACAGAGUCCUUUGUGCUUGGAACAAGAAGGCCGUCUCUCGACGUUCUUGUCCAGUCGUCCGACUAUAGUCAAUCUAUGACAAACAUUUUCGGCGGACCCGGCCUCGAGGCCAUUACGCCUGGUCAACCCGGCCCUCUGUUGGUCGCUAAUCGUGGCGAGAUUUCGAUUCGUGUUAUUCGUGCCGCACAUGAACUUGGUCUCAAAGCCAUUUCGGUAUACUCCCAUGAAGAUCGCCUGAGCAUGCAUCGCUACAAGGCUGAUGAAUCGUACCAAAUCGGAGAACCUGGCCAGUACACCCCGGUUGGUGCUUACUUGGCAAUGGACGAAAUUGUCAAAAUUGCAAAAGAGAGGCGAGUUAUGGUCAUUCACCCUGGUUAUGGGUUUCUAUCUGAGAACGCAGAGUUUGCAGAGAAAGUGGAAAGAGCGGGAAUAGCGUUCGUGGGGCCAACACCUGAAGUCAUCCAGGCCUGCGGAGACAAGACAAAGGCACGCGAAUUAGCCAUAAAGGCUGGUGUACCAGUGGUCCCUGGUUCGGACGGCCCAGUUGAGAAUUUGGCACAGGCUGAGGCCUUCAUCAAGGAAUAUGGGUUCCCUGUGAUUAUCAAGGCUGCAAUGGGUGGCGGUGGGCGAGGCAUGCGAGUGGUGCGGGACGCCACCUCUUUUCCCUCGCUCUUUGAACGUGCAAAGUCCGAAGCGCUGGCUGCGUUCGGAGACGGGACCGUUUUCUUGGAACGGUUCGUAGAAAGACCACGCCACAUUGAGGUGCAGCUACUCGCGGACGGACGGGGCAAUGUCAUCCACUUGUAUGAGAGAGAUUGCUCAGUUCAGCGUCGCCAUCAGAAAGUUGUGGAAAUGGGACCAGCGCUCAACUUACCGGACAAAGUCCGCCAAGCAAUCUUGGAUGAUGCGGUAAAGCUUGCGCAUGCGGUAAAGUACCGCAACGCAGGUACAGCCGAAUUUCUUGUGGAUAAGGAGAAUCGUCAUUACUUUAUUGAGAUCAACCCUCGUAUUCAGGUGGAGCACACUGUGACGGAAGAGAUCACUGGCAUUGAUCUUGUCGCCGCUCAGAUACGAAUUGCAUUGGGAGAAAGUCUGGCUGAUCUCGGAUUGACCCAAGAGUCUAUUCAAACCCGAGGAUUUGCCAUUCAGUGUCGUGUAACCACUGAGGAUCCAGCACGUAACUUUCAACCCGACACAGGGCGAAUUGAAGUUUACCGCUCCUCUUCCGGCAACGGUGUACGUUUGGACGGAGGACCAGGGUAUUCUGGUGCUGUCAUCACCCCACACUACGAUUCCUUACUCGUCAAAUGUACAUGUACCGGACGGGAUUUUGAUGCCGCGAGAAGGAAGACCUUGCGAGCAUUGGUGGAGUUUCGAGUGCGCGGCCUGAAAACAAACAUUCCCUUUUUGAUCAAUCUUUUGACGCAUCAUACGUUUGCCACCGGCGGAAGGAUCUGGACCACGUUUAUCGACGAUACUCCAGAACUCCUCCAGGGCAGUCUUUCAAAGAAUCGUGGCCAAAAACUAUUGCGUUAUUUGGGAGACCUUGUAGUCAAUGGCAGCAGGGUAAAAGGUCAGGUGGGAUACCCCAAAUUGGAAGCGCCUGUGUCAGUUCCCAGUCUUCCGAAUGUUCCUCGCGAGGUUACGGCAAAGCCUUUCGAGAAAGGAUGGCGCAACAUCCUUCUCGAGCAGGGUCCAGAGGGCUUCUGUAAAGCCAUUCGCGCACAUCGAGGAGCUCUGCUGAUGGACACAACGUGGCGAGACGCCCACCAGAGUUUGCUAGCGACCCGAGUGCGAACAAUCGAUAUGGCACGCAUUGCGACGACUACAUCACACGCUUUGCAGAAUGCAUUCGCAUUGGAAUGCUGGGGGGGUGCAACUUUCGAUGUUGCAAUGCGCUUCCUAUGGGAGGACCCGUGGGACCGUUUAAUGACACUUCGGUCUCUGGUUCCUAACAUCCCUUUCAGCAUGCUCCUGCGUGGAGCCAAUGCCGUUGGUUACACGUCGUACCCAGAUAAUGUGAUAUACGAAUUUUGUAAAAAGGCUCGGGCACAUGGCGUUGACAUCUUCCGGGUCUUUGAUUCGUUGAAUUAUGAGGAAAACCUGAAGCUCGGUAUCGAUGCAGUCGUAAAAGCCGGGGGAGUCGCCGAAGGAGCGAUUAGCUACACUGGUGACGUCUCGGAUCCUUCCCGGAAGAAGUAUAAUUUGGAGUACUACGUCGAUUUGACUGACCGCUUGGUCAAGGAUGGAAUUCACAUUUUAGGGAUCAAGGACAUGGCUGGCCUAUUGAAGCCACGAGCCGCAAAGCUGCUCAUUGGUGCUAUUCGUGAACGGCACCCUGAUCUGGUUAUUCACGUCCACACGCACGACACGGCCGGAACCGGUGUCGCCUCCAUGCUCGCUGCGUUUGAAGCUGGCGCUGAUAUUGUGGACGUCGCCCUCGACAGUAUGUCUGGCCUCACGUCGCAGCCGUCCAUGGGCGCCAUUAUCGGGGCUCUGCAAGGCACAGAUUUCGACACCGGUAUCACCCUUGAGAACGCUCAAGCUCUCAACAGUUAUUGGGAGCAAAUCCGUCUCCUGUAUUCCUGCUUUGACCCCGGUCUCAAGAGUGGUGACUCGGGCGUGUAUAUUCAUGAGAUGCCUGGCGGGCAAUACACCAACUUGCUAUUCCAAAGUCAGCAAUUGGGGCUCGGCGAAUCUUGGAACGAGAUCAAGAAGGCGUAUGCUGCCGCCAAUCGACUGUGCGGCGAUAUUGUUAAAGUUACUCCAUCAUCUAAAGUAGUUGGAGAUCUUGCCCAGUUCAUGGUUUCUCAAAAGCUUACCGAAGUGGAUGUCAUUGAGCGAGCAGAGACGCUGUCUUUCCCACAAUCCGUUCUGGAGUACUAUCAAGGAUACUUAGGAAUUCCCCCUGGCGGUUUCCCAGAACCUUUGAGAAGUCGUAUAUUGGAAGCCAAGCGACUUGCAAAGAUUGAAGGUCGACCAGGAGCGACUAUGUCCCCCCUCGAUUUUGCAGAGUUGAAACGUGACCUUGAAGAACGCUGGGGUGAAGGUGCGGUUAGAGAUGAAGAUGUUAUCAGCUCUGCGUUGUACCCCAAGGUCUUUGAUGAAUUCCGGACCGUUCGGGACCAAUACGGCGAUCUUUCCACUCUUCCAACCCAGUUCUUCUUACGGCCAUUGAAGGUCGGGGAGGAAUUUACUUUCAACAUGGAACAAGGGAAGACUCUGUACAUCAAAUUGAUGGCAAUCGGACCGUUAAAUGAAGCGACUGGGAAGCGGGACAUUUUCUUCUUACUCAAUGGUGAAGCACGUGUGGUAGCUGUGACAGACGAUGAAGCACAAGGGAAGAACAAUAGUGCUGCCGGUGUGAAUGGCAAAGCUAUACGCCCCAAAGCGAAUCCCAAAGAUAAGGGUGAGAUUAGCGCCCCAAUGAGUGGAGUUGUGGUAGAGGUACGAGUGAAGACGGGGGCGGAAGUGAAACUAGGUGAUCCAGUGGUGGUCAUGAGUGCCAUGAAAAUGGAAACGGUCGUUACUGCCACGCAGGCUGGUGUGGUCACCGAGGUCUUGGUCAACCAGAAUGACUCUCUGAAUGCGGGUGAUCUUGUUGCCAGAAUUGAAAAGAAAUAACAUGGUCUAUAGUCUGAAGCAGCUAGGCGACUCUAGUUUAGUAUAGAUCUUGGGAUACUGCCAAGAUAUCGGACGUUUGCAUUUACGGCGUACACUUUCUGUUUAACAUUUUUUUGAUCUGAUUACAAUUUAUUCUACCUCCUACCCCGUA